AUGAUUUUAAGGAAUGUCAGGAAAUACCCGACUGGCAGUGAUAAUAUCAAAGGACAACAACACGUAUUGACGGUUGGAAUUGAUUUACCGAUGUACGAGGUAAGCACAGUAAGAGGGGUUCCUAGUACGAGUACAAAUUUGAAAGAAGCCCUGUGCGAAAAGAUUCCAAUACACUAUGAUUUGCUAAGAAAUUUUCGUCAACAACAUGGGUCUUCUGUGAUCAGUCGUAUCACGGUAGAAAAUAUGUACCAAGGGUUGAACGGAGUGAACACCAUGGUUAGGGAAACAUCUGAACUUGAUCCGAAGUACGGAAUCAAAUACAGAGGGCUGACAAUACCAGAAGUGAUCAUGCUCUUACCUCGAGAAGGAAAGUCACCUAGUGCUGAAGCCGUGUUCUGGUUGCUAUUAACAGGCGAUGUUCCAACCCGAGAACAAACAGCUUCCUUAAUAGCCGAUUGGUCGAACCGACGUCAAAAUAGAAAGGAUUGGUGGUCAGGACCAGGAGGUGGAAUCGUUGGUUCGAUCCUUCAGACUCUCCCAAAGACAACAACACCUUUGGGAAAAUUGUCAGUGGCUCUCACUGUCUUUGAUUGUGGAAAACACACGAAAGAAGGUUUAAGAAAUGGAGCUCCGAGUCACACUCAUUGGGAAUACACUUAUGAAGAUGGAAUGGAGCUACUUGCAACAUUACCUGCAAUAGUUGGGUUAAUUGCUAAGUCUGAAGAGUUUAAAAAUGUGAAAGAAGAAGGUGACUGGGUGCAAUCCUUCUUGGAAUGCUUGAGCAAAGCCUCCAACAUCUCUGGAAGUCAUACAAAAUCUAUAGCGGAUUUCCUUCGAUUAUUUAUCAUUUUGAAUGCAGACGAGGAUGGAGGAAUUCCUGCUGUUCAUGUUACAGAGAUACUCGGUGCUUCUCAAUUAGAUAUCAAUCAAGCUUUAGCAGCUGGUGUAUUAGCAUACAACAAUGAACCGAAAAGUGGCACACUGUCACAAUAUAUGGAAUUCCAAAAUAAGAUACAACAAUUUCUGGGUCAUGAGCCUAAAGAAGAAAAAUUAAAAGAUUGUCUCGGCACUUUGAUAAAAAAGAACGCAUUAAUUGGUUACAAGGAAGCAGAACUGAGUGAUCCACGAUACAAUGCACUGAUGAAUUACUCGAGAGAGUAUAUGCCAGAUGAUUCUGAAAUAAAGUUAUCACAAGCUAUCACUCGUAUGCUUACUAUGAUGAUGAAGACCUCGAAAGGAAAGAAAAUUUAUCCUGAACAAAAUACAAUUGCGGCACCAAUUUUUCAGUUCUACGGAAUGAAAGACAUGGCAUUCAAUCAAGUACUGUUGUGCAUGUCACGAGCAUUGGGUGCAGUUGCAUCUAUCAUUUGGACGAAAGCUAUUAAUGCACCGGUUGAGCAUCCAGGAUCAAAAUGCACUUACACUUAUUUAAGUUCCAUUCAAGGAUCGCGGAGAAAGAAUAAACGAAGAAAAUAUGUUAAACGUCCACAGAAAUAA